CAGAAGGAACCAGAUGUUGCAGCGAGGAGCUGAACAAGAACAACACUCGCUUCUGAAACAUCAUUUCAAAAUCUUGCUUCGCCCAUAAAUCUUCCAACUAUUAUUCUUUUCUUCAAUUCCAGAUUGCAGCUUUUACUCUUUAGAGCCCCAAACCCAUUCACCCACUCUUCAUUUCACUGCCUUCAACAGGCAUUUAUUUACCGGCUUGGAACAAGCUUGAAUAAUGAGAACUUCUCUUCAUGUAAAGAGCACCUAUACUUUGUCUCAUAAUGAAGUAUUGAAGUUCCUUCACUUGGAAUGUUGUUGGCAAUGUAAACAUGAUUGUUUGCUUUCCUGCUAGUCAAUCUUCAAUAAAUGCUGUUGUCCUGAAAGGUCGUACUCAGCUGCUGAUGAGCAGUAGCAUUCAUGGCCUUUGGUCCCGAGGAAUAUCCACUUCAUCUUCUUCCAAUUUGUUUCCUUGGAAGUCAGAGAUAAAUAAUGUUGGCCUUUCUUAUUGCACAAAAUUGUCUUGUUCCACUAUUAUGGGCCAAACAAUCAGAGGAGGUUUUCUUGGAUCUUGCUGCUCCAAGCAAAGGGGCAAUGCUCAAUUCUUUAGUUCUGUAGUACCUCGGAAGAGGUAUCAUGAAAUUUCAUUGGCAUGCCAAAGUAUGAACAUGAGGCUUUUGGUACCUAAACAAAAAAUGCUUCGCAAAGUUAAGUGUACUUUGGGACCAGUAAGUUGGCCACGGGGAUGUGCAUCAGUUGGCUUGAUUUUUGGAUUACUUGUAUGUAAUUCAAGUUCUGAACCUGCUCACGCUGAGACACAUUCCCAAAAUGAUAAUAGGAACGAUGACUGCAAUGAAUAUGAGUCAAAUGUUAAAUUCUCACAUGGGAAGAAAGUUUAUACUGAUUAUUCUGUAAUUGGAAUACCGGGGGAUGGAAGAUGCUUGUUCGGUUCUGUUGCUCGUGGGGCCUGUUUGAGGUCUGGAAAGCCCCCUCCUAGUGAAAGCACUCAAAGAGAGCUAGCAGAUGAUUUACGAGCCAGAGUUGCUGAUGAGUUUAUCAAAAGAAGGGAAGAGACUGAAUGGUUUAUUGAAGGUGAUUUUGAUACAUAUAUUUCACAAAUAAGGAAGCCUCAUGUGUGGGGAGGUGAACCCGAAUUGUUCAUUGCUUCACAUGUUUUGAAGAUGCCUAUCACCGUAUACAUGUAUGAUAAGGAUGUUGGUGGCUUGAUAUCAAUUGCUGAGUAUGGCCAAGAAUAUGGCAAGGAAAACCCAAUUAGAGUUCUCUACCAUGGGUUUGGUCAUUAUGAUGCAUUAGAGAUUCCUAAAAGAAAGGGCCCUAAGCCACGACUCUAGCAUUUCAUAUUUAAAAUGUGGAAGAGAUUAGAGCUUGUAUUGAUUUCCUUUAGUGACAUUUAUAUUGUCGUGUAUAGGUCCAGUUUCCCAAAAUACAACGAUAUGUUAUUCCUUUCUAGUCUUAAGUGGAUAUAUGGUCCAAGGCCCCAGUGAUAAAUGAUAUUCACUUUACUGUUGUUCAUGCACAUGGCUAUUUAUGUUGAAUUUUUGUUGAUCAAUGAUAAGCCCUAAAACCCUUUUACUUCA